ACGGCCGUUAGGAGAGGUCACUGGGUGGGUGGCUGUUAGGGCCACUGGGAGGUGCUGCCAGACAGGUGGCCGCAGACCACAUCCAUCUGGAAACUGAAAUCAAACUUCACCCAAGGAAAUGGCAGGCAAGAAGAAAGAAAUCCAGCUUCAGACCACAAUAUGCAACCAAAAUGAGUGGGAUGAAAUGUUGCUGACAAAAGGUGUAGUAGUAAUAGAUGUGUAUCAAGCUUGGUGUGGCCCUUGCAAAGCUGUGGUAAAUUUAUUCAGAAAAUUGAAGAAUGAAUUUAGUGAAGAUGAUGUGCUGAAUUUUGCAGUGGCAGAAGCAGACAGCAUUGAGACUCUGAAACCAUUCAGGAAUAAAUGUGAACCUGUGUUUCUCUUCUGUGUUAAUGGCAAAAUUAUUACAAUAGUGAGAGGUGCAAAUGCUCCUCUUUUAAAUAAGAAAAUAACAGAACUCGUACAAGAAGAGAGGGAAAUUUUGGCUGGACAGAAGGAACGCCCCAAGGUAGAUGAACUUGUUUUCCUAGAAGAGAAAUCGUCAGAAGAGUCUAUUGAAGAGACUGCACCUGAGGAAGAAGAAGUCACAUACUCUGUUGGAAUUAUAAAACCUGAUGAUGUCUCAGAGGGACGUGUAGAAGAAAUUAAACAAAAGAUUAGAGACGCAGGCUUUGGCAUUGCAGCAUCAGAAGAGAAAAUGCUAACUGAAGAGCAAAUCAGAGAAUUCUACACCAAGAAAAGAGAACAGCCAGAUUUUGAUGAUUUUGUUCAAUUCAUGAUGAGCGGACCAUGCCAUAUUCUGAUAAUCACUAAAAAAAAAGCAACGGAUGCUAUUCCUCUCUGGACAGAACUGCAUGAAACAAGUGAAAGCAUGCCUGAUGAGACUGAGGCUGAAGAGCCAGACAGGUUGCAAGGAACUGAAGAAAAUAAGACUAUAUCAAAUAUAUGUGAUGUGCCAGACAGUUUAGAAGAUGCUAGCAGGCAACUCGCCUUCUUUUUCCCAAAUUUUAAUAGAAAUAACACAGAUAAAAAAUUUGAAAAGACAUUGGCCUUAAUUAGACCUUGUGCCCUAAGGGAAAGACGGGAUUCAAUUCUGCAAAGAAUAAAGGAUGAUGGCUUUGAGGUAGCAAUGCAGAAGGAAAUAACCCUAUCUGAAGAACAGGCACGUGAAUUUUAUAAAGAACAUGAAAAUGAAGACUAUUUCCCAGCCCUGCUAGAGCAAAUGACCAGUGGUCCAACUCUUGUACUUGCUCUAACACGACAAAAUGCUAUAGCACACUGGAGAGAUUUAUUAGGCCCAAAGACUAUUGAAGAGGCAAAGAAGAAUAAUCCAAACAGUUUACGUGCAAAGUAUGCAGUCGACAACGUAGAUAUUAAUCAGCUGCAUGGUAGUUCUUCAGUUGACGAUGCUCAGAAGGAAUUAGAGUUCUUCUUCCCUCAGGAGCACACUUUGGCAUUAAUCAAACCUGCUGCUGCUAAAGAUCACAAAGAUGAAAUUAUGCAAAAAGUGAAAGAUGCUGGAUUUACUAUCUCAAAAAUUAAAGAACAAGCUUUAACUCGUGAAAUGGCUACACAGUUUUAUAAGGAUCAUGAAGGAAAACCCUUUUUCGAAGAGCUAGUGUCAUGUAUGACUGAGGGCCCAUCAGUGGUAAUGGUCUUAACAAAGGAAAAUGCUGUCGAAGAGUGGAGGAAACUAAUGGGUCCAACAGAUCCCGAAGAGGCAAAAGAAAGCUUUCCUGAAUCAAUUAGAGCUCAGUUUGCACAAAAUAUUUUGUCUAAUGCUGUUCAUGGAUCAUCUGAUAGAGAACAUGCACUGAAAAGCAUUGAGUAUGUAUUUGGUGAGAUUGAUAUAGAUUGAACAAUUAGUAUAUGAUUUUUGAAAUUUAUAGUCGUCAUUAGAUACAUUUGUCUACCUAGCCACCUAUAUUUAACCUUGUAUGUAUGUGCACACACCUAUUUUCCUCCAUAUUCCAUCCAUUUUUUGUUACGAGCCAAUUUCUGUGUAACAAAGAAUGUUUAUGUAACAUGUAAGAAGUGCUAGAAAUUUGAUGUUAGUAGUGAUUUAUUCAUGUAUGCUAGGUAUAUAGGUUUUUUUGGUGUUUAUCACUUCAACAAAUGUAUGCCUUUCAAAUAGCCCCAGAGUCUGAUGUGUUUUGUGUACAA